GCUUCACAUGGGGUGGGUAUUUUCUUGAAUAGCCCAUUUAUGUGGGGGGCACAGAAUGUUGCUGCUGUCCGUAAAUACAUCCUGAAAUCUUGUGUGUCCAACAUCUCCUACAGGCUACACUAUUAGCCGGAUUUGCUUCAAACUUUUACAGAUGAACAAGUUACAACCUUGAUGUGCAGAUGACCAUAAAGGAAGGGCAAGUUGUGAGUUACUAUGAGAAAAACAGGGGCCAGACUGACCCUUUCUGGGGCAAUGGCAAGGCAGACUCAGCUGGAACCAUUGGAGUCUUUUGAGAUGAAAAGUUCAAGUCAGACUAAGGCAGAACGAGAAAUAAAGCUUUUAAAACAAGAGAACCAGAAAUUAAGAACUGAUCUUGCAGAUGUCAGGUCACUGUACAACCAGCUCAUACAGGAGAACAGCCAUGAGAAGUUUGAUGAAAGAAGGGUAACUCUGUUGAAAUCACAGAUAAUACAGCUUGAAAGACAGCUGUUGUUAUUCAGCGAAGCUUUGUCAUCUAGAAGUGAGACCCUGUUUGAAGUGGAAAACAAUCUCCACUGGCUUGCAGAUAAAUGCAGGUCAUUAAUAAGUAAAGAAGUGCAUGGUCCACAUGUUCCUGUAGAGAGGUCUGAGUUAACUUUGAUGGUGGAGACUGCAGAAUCAGCCAGGAUUAAAUUGUACAAACAGAUAGAGAACAGAUCAACAGAGAAUUUAUCAAGGCCAUUUAAGUUCACAAGUGACUUUCUGCAGUGUAGUAAAGAAAGUAAUGUUACACUACUUGAGGUGGCAUCUGGAAAUCUGGAACAUCUAAAUCUUAAACAUGUGGCAAAGUUAGAAACCAAACUAAGCUCCCUUUACAAAGAUCUCAUUCAUCUUCAUUCUAUCAUGGAGACUGAAAUCAACAAUGACUCAGCAUAUUUAUGGACUUCCUGUCAUGUGACCACUGCUGCCAGAGAGAGGCUGAUGACCCAGGUUCUGAAGUCAUGUGCUUUAAUGAAAGACUGUAGCUCAGAUCUGCUGGAUUUGUCAGUCUUGUAUCCAAGUGCACCCUGGCCACCACUAAAGAGAUGUGCUCUUAAGGAAAUAACAGCAGAACGAGUUUUGGGUUGUAUGUCAUCUAGGUCAAGGUCAAGGUCAGAAGACGUGAAUCGGCUGAUACAAGCUCUAGUGAAAGCAUUCAACUACAAAGUUUAUAUGCUUCAAAAUAAGAACAAAUGUUUGAGAGAAGAAGUGAAAUAUCACCAGAGAGUAUACAACCUACAGCUGAAGUAUACAGCAUCAUUGUUUCAAGCUAUACGAGAGGCCUAUACAAGUUUUGAAGAAACUAGUAAUGACUUGAUAGUAAAACCAGUAAAUGUGGUGCUUGAAGCGUACAUGGAUCUGAAUCAGUCGGCAUCGGAGGUGUCUCUGAAAACUUUUAUACAGACAUUUAAAGACCAGGUUCCUCAGCUAAGCAACAUAGUGGAGACCCUUCAACUUAAACAUUUCGAGGAAUCUGAUGGUUCCAAGGUGCUGUCUCAAUAUGGUGAUGAGUUCUUCGAAGCCCUUGAAAAAGUGGUACAGAGUGAACAGUCCAGAAGAGACAUAGAAGCUGGUCGUAUAGAAGAGAUCCGAAAUGAGCAGUCCAGACUGGAUAUAGAGCUGCGUGAACUGCUAGAGGAGCAGGAACAAAGAUUACAACAAAAUUUGAUGACAUCAUCAGAACCAACACUGCAGAAUGAUACAUCAUCAGAAAUUGUGAAUAAUUUGGUUAAUACUGAUAGAAGUGAUGUUGAUUUAGAUAAGGGAAAAAGCGAUUUAAUGCAAGAAUCAGAGCAAACUGUGAAGAGGACUAAGCCUAGGUCAAAACAAAAGCCACUACAUACGAAGGAAUGGGUAAACAUUUUAGAUGAUCAGCCAAUAGAGAGAGGAAUGUCUGAUCUAAAUUUAGAUCACACAGAAAGAAGUACAGCAGGCACAGAAAAUUGUAACAAUGAAAUGUCCAAUGCAGAGCUUUACAAUUACCAUGCGAAAGCAGAUCUAAGACAAGAAGUUCAUACAAACAAUGAAGUCGGUGAUAUUAAUGUCAGUGAAAUAGGUGAAACUUCUGCUGCGGCAGAGAAACCUCCAAAAAUUAAAAAGAAAAAACUUGGAUAUGUACCAAACACCUUUGUACCUAACAAAACUCUUCAGUUAAGGAGGUCAGGAAGUUUGAGUAGACUGUCUUCAAAAGAUGAAGGUUUUGAUAGUAAACUGACUACAGACAGUAGACCAGUCUCUCAAGAGGAGGUACCUAUAGAUAAGACAAGGACACAAACUCAGGGAAAAAACAUUCCAAGGAGUAGACCUGUUUUUAGAUAGCAGAUUUUGUUACAAAGUUUACCUCAAGAUAUAACAGAAAUCAUGAAAAAAACAUCAUUUUUUCGUUUAUUUAAUAUGUAAUUUUUACAACAAAUCACUCAGCCUAAGGGAGAGUGCAGCUGUUUGGACUAUUGGGUCAUGAUUUUGAUCCAAGGGUGAGGCAUAUGUUCUGCAUAACAAUUUGAUAGACAACUCUAUGUCUGUCUUUAUUUGUCCUCUACCUCUGAUUCAUGUGGAGAAAUUGACAGUUAUGAAGGUUAAUCCAAAAGUAAUGCCGCUGCAAUCCCUCAUGCAAUUAUUAUGAAAAUUAUAUCAGAAUGUAUGUUUCUUCAGUCCUGAUUACAUUAGUAAAUAUUAUUGUCUGUGGUCAUUUGGAUUUCAUUUCCAAUGCACCUGAAAAUCAUGUUUGUUGUGUAGGAGACAGUCAAAAUCAUCAAUUAACAUUAAAAUAACAGACAAAAUCUUACGGUAUUAUAAUGAUGUGAAGUAAUCUCUACCUGUUAUUUUCCCAACAAACUUUAUUGAAUUAAUUGCAGGUUUAAGUUCGCAGGCGAGUGCCAACUAUUUUUACUGCAUAAUGAUGGAAAUGCCUAUUUUUUGCAUUCCCGUUCCCAUGCUUUUAAUAUAAGUUGAUAUCUCAAGAAGUACGCAUACUAUUUUUCAUUAUUUUUGUUGAGCCCGCUUGCGAUGAGCUCAAUAUAGUCGUCACUUUUGGCGGGUGUAUGUGUGUGCGUACGUCUGUCCAAUUUUUUCCGGACCAUAACUUUGAAAUGCAUGGACCAAUCUUGUUUAUAUUUGGCAUGAAUGUUUACCUGAGAAGAAGUGUCAUGCGCAAACCCAAUAUUCCUAUCUCAAAGGUCAAGGUCACAGUUUGAGGUCAAAGGUGAAAUUGAAGUUCGUCCAGACCAUAACUCUGACAUGCAUGGACCAGUCUUGUUUAUAUUUGGCAUAAAUGUUUACUACAAUGAGAAGGAGUGUCAUGCGCAAACCCCAUGUUCCUAUCUCAAAGGUCAAGGUCACAGUUGGAGGUCAAAGGUCAAAUUGAAGUUUGUCUGGACCAUAACUCUGACAUGCAUGGACCAAACUUGUUUAUAUUUGGCAUGAAUGUUUACCUCUAUGAGGAGUGUCAUGCGCAAACCCCAUGUUCCUAUCUCAAAGGUCAAGGUCACAGUUGGAGGUCAAAGGUGAAAUUGAAGUUUGCCCGGAGCAUUUCUUCUUCAUGCAUGGUGGGAUUUUGAUGUAACUUGGCAUGAAUGUUCACCAUUAUGAGACGGAGUGUCAUGUGCAAGAACCAGGUCUAAGGUCAAUGUCACUUUUAAAGGCCAAAGGUGCUGGCGGGCUCGACAUUCUAGUAUUUCCAGUUUAGGAAUACAUAUUUCAAAUAAAUCAAGGUAUGGAUAUUAGUUUUUGCUGCUUUCUAUUCAUUAUGGUAAAAUUACUUUUGGAUCAACCCUCGUACCUGUAGAGGACAUGUUUAAAGGUUAGCAGUUAUUUAGCACUGGUAAGCAUGUUGCCACUUGGUCACCUAUAUAUCCAUGUAUCCCUUAUCAGUGUUCUGUACCCACUCACGUUGACAGUGAAACUCCCUUCUUUACUUCAUACAAUUCAUCUGUUAAUUUUAGGUAGUUCAUUGUGACUAGGGUUACCUCUCCUAGCUCCACCCCACUCCAACUACCAGAUCAAUCAUGGGUGACAAAAUGUUUUCUUUCCUCUGACAGCAUGGUACACGCGUAUUUUGUUGAUAUUAAUAAUUUGUUACUUUAUUUGUUCAGUGUCUUUUAUUGAAUAUGUUGAAUUAUUUGAUCAGUUAAUAAAUUUUAUUUUCUUA